AUGAACGAGGCUGUCCUUGACUGCAUGAUAUCGAGAGGCGGGUGGAACUCAAGCAUCAACAUCAUCCUCGGCGAUCAAAGCUCCGGCAAUACGGUGAGCUCGUCCUCAACUCGAGCGACUACUAUGUCCAAAUGGAUCGCGAGAGAAUGUGCUCUCGGCUCACGUCGCCACAGAAGCGAGCUUGCCUUUGUUGAAAUCGCUCAGACGCAGUUCGUCAGCGGCUGUCCGAUUUCUACGAGCGACUGUCGAAAGUUUGACUACACGGCGAGUAUAUGUGGUCGAUUCUUGAUGGUCACCUACGGAUCAGUCAUACUUGUCUUCGAGCUGCAUCACCAGUGCGAAGAGAGUCAACUUCGACUCAUCACUACCAUUACCUGCGAAUCUCCUAUUCUCGCCUGUGCCAUGGACACGACAUUGGGGCGCAACAAUGUUGCUGUGCUCCUCCAAGGCCGCGUUGGCCUUGUCUUUGAGAUCCCAUGGUUAUCCUGCUUCCCCGUCAAAUACUCAACGCAACCGCGUCCGCGAUCCAGACAAUGCGACUGUAGCACAUGGGAGGCAAAGUUACAAGUCGUCCGUUACAACGUGUGCACGCCCGACUGUCCUCCUCGCUCCGUCGCCACUUGCCCGCAUGGCUUAUACUUCGCCUUUGGCUCCUCCUCAGGCAUCGAGAUACACUGUAACGAUACGCGUGCGCAGCAAAAGGUCCGCCGCUUUGCGUUAUCCACACCCAGCGACUACAUCUACUUUCUCCCUCCGGGGGACGAAAACGAUCCAAGACGCAAGCUUCGUCUGAUCAGCUCCGCGUCAAUCUCGGACUGCCACGCCGGCUGUCUGCAAGACGUAGUUGGUGUUCGAGGAUAUAAUGAAAACGACUUUACUCCCCAGGUCCCGGCUAUCAUCUCACAACUUGAGAUGUCUGGCCUCGAAGAAGACGCGUCGAGUGUCUAUACCAUCAUGGAGCAACAGUUGUCUGCCUCUCUUGGUCCUUUCGCCAAUCGACGGCGCAAUUGGACAAGGAGGGAGCGAAUACUCCCGAGGCCUAGGUUAGCCAUCGCCGAUAACUAUCGAGCUGUGCCCUUGAGCGACGGGUCUCACAUACUUUUCACAGACCCCGAGACUGGGCAUUUGUGCCUUGCUUCUGAUGAUCUUCACCAGUCAACGGCUGGGUUGCAGAAGAAAGUGAACUUUUUGCCACCUGCAGCAGCAUGCGCGACCGCUCCACUCAUAUAUGCCGCCGGAAGAGACCUGACACAUGGCGUGAGAAUUGCUGCCGUUUUCCCAACGACACGAUGGAAGGAAGGAACAGGCUUUCGAGCUGGGGAGCAGAUCCUCGCUUUCUACACUAUCCCACCAGAUAUGUUCCGGGACAUUUCAAAUUUUGAAAAACUCCCGAAGUUAAUGGACAGCGAAGAAAAGCACCAAUGGGCGCAAUGGUGGCCGACACUGCAGCAUACAGUUCAACCAUAUCUGAAAGCCAAGAACAGCGGAUUGAUCGACAGAGGCAACCCGAAUGAAAGGCCAACGUAUCCAGUUGAUGUCCACGGCCAGGUCGUUGCCGUUUGCUCCGGAAUUGUGGACCUCUCAAUGGGCCUGGGCCCCGAUAUGAUGAUCUGGGCCUUUGACAGAGACGGCUUGACUCGUUGCUGGGCCUUGAACAUCGGAGACGAUAGGCCGAUGCAAAGGCAUACGAUCUUGAGUGAUGGAAGCAUGCGGAAGGUGGACGGGGAUGGGGACUUAACGAUGUUAUAG